GCAAACGCGUUGGGUCGCAUCGAGGCCCCGCCCCCUAGACCUUGGGUUACAGCGCGAGGGGCUUGAGUACCGUGCGCGGCAGGACGACGAACCAGUUGGGAUGGCCACCGGCUGGGGGAGCCUCUUGCAGGAUGAGCAGCAGCUGGAGGAGCUGGCACGGCAGGCUGUGGACCGGGCCCUGGCUGAGGGAGUGCUGCUGAGGACCUUGCAGGAGCCCAGUUCCUCCCAUGUGGUAAGCUAUGCCCCAUUCACGCUCUUCCCUUCACUGGUCCCCAGUGCCCUGCUGGAGCAGGCCUAUGCUGUGCAGAUGGACUUUAACAUGCUGGUGGAUGCUGUCAGCCAGAAUGCAGCCUUUCUGGAGCAGACUCUCUCCAGCACCAUCAAAAGGGACAACUUCACUGCUCGCCUCUUUAACAUCUACAAGCAAGUCCUGAAAGAAGGCAUUGCUCAGACUGUGUUCCUGGGCCUGAACCGCUCAGACUACAUGUUCCAGCGCAAUGCAGAUGGCUCCCCAGUCCUGAAACAGAUUGAAAUCAACACCAUCUCUGCCAGCUUUGGGGGCCUGGCCUCCCGUACCCCAGCUGUGCACCGACAUGUUCUCAAUGUCCUGAGUAAGACCAAAGAAGCUGCCAAGAUCCUCUCCAAUAAUCCCAGCAAGGGACUGGCCCAGGGGAUCACCAAGGCCUGGGAGCUCUACGGCUCAGCCAACGCUCUGGUGCUACUGAUUGCUCAAGAGAAGGAAAGGAACAUAUUUGACCAGCGUGCUAUAGAGAAUGAGCUACUAGCCAAGAAUAUCCACGUAAUCCGUCGAAGGUUUGAAGAUGUCUCUGAAAAGGGGUCUCUAGACCAAGACCGAAGGCUGUUUAUGGAUGGCCAGGAAGUUGCUGUGGUUUAUUUCCGGGAUGGCUACAUGCCGAGUCAGUACAGUGUACAGAACUGGGAAGCACGCCUGCUGCUGGAGAGGUCAUGUGCUAUUAAGUGCCCAGAUAUUGCCACCCAGCUGGCUGGGACAAAGAAGGUGCAGCAGGAGCUGAGCAGAAUGGGUGUGCUGGAGAUGUUGCUCCCUGGCCAGCCUGAGACUGUGGCCCGCCUCCGUGCCACAUUUGCUGGCCUCUACUCACUGGACAUGGGUGAAGAAGGGGACCAGGCCAUUACUGAGGCCCUUGCUGCCCCUAGCCAGUUCGUGCUAAAGCCCCAGAGAGAGGGUGGAGGUAAUAACCUAUAUGGGGAGGAGAUGGUGCAGGCCCUGGAGCACCUGAAAGACAGCGAGGAGAGGGCAUCCUACAUCCUCAUGGAGAAGAUAGAACCUGAGCCUUUUGGAAAUUGUCUGCUACGGCCUGGCAGCCCUGUCCGAGUGGUCCAGUGCAUCUCAGAGCUGGGCAUCUUUGGAGUCUAUGUCAGCAUCUCUGCCUGCCAUGUUCCCCCAAACCCAACUACCACCAUAGCCAUCUUGACAGAGAGGGAGAGAAGGAAACUUACAGCUACAGAACAUGAAAUGUGAGCCUGGCAUCAUGCUAAGUGCUUUUCCUGCUUUAUUUAAUCCUCGUGACCAUCUUGCAAAGUGAGAGCUAUUAUCUCUAUUUUAAAUUGAGGAAAUUGAUAUUGAGAAAGGCUGAGUAACUUGCUCAAAGACACAGAGCUAAUAAUUUCCCCAAAACAAUGCAAACCCAGAUCUGAUUAUAAAAUCCUAGCACUUUCUUGGGUGUAGUCAGUCACUCAUAUACUGCUCACGUGGGACCAGGGAAGGAUUUGGCUGUGGGGGCUGAGUCUUGGUAAUGGAGUGGUGUGUCUUCUGUCCCCCUUUCUAUAGGCAGGGAAAGACACUUGUGAUGAACAAGCAUGUGGGACAUCUGCUUCGAACCAAAGCCAUUGAGCAUGCAGAUGGUGGAGUGGCAGCAGGAGUGGCAGUCCUGGACAACCCGUACCCUGUGUGAGAGCACAGCCAAGCCUGCCCAGAUUUUGCUCAAGAGACCUUCUAUCCCUCAUACUUGUCAUUCCUCACCUAGCCCCUCCGAGGGUCUUCCUCCCUGCACCUUGGGAAGGCUGGUCUCUUCUGUUCAGGGAAGGGUGAAUGCUGGGUCCUUUCUCCAGCUCUCCCGUCUGAGGACCAGAAAAGCUGUUUCCCUUAGGUGAGAUCUACAGGCCCCUAAAUCCUCAGGGUGUGGGUAUAGCUGAAAGGAAGCUGAUUUGAGGUAAGGGUCCAUAACCCUGUCAACUGCCUGUCAGCUCCUCAUCAGCCUUUUCAGCAGGUUCCAGUGUCUGACCUAGGAUAGGACUGAGAGGUAGGAGAGGGGCAGUGAAGGGGCAUAGCAUUUCCCUGCCUCUGCCUUAAAUAAAACUACGUUGUUGAUUCUGUGA